ACACUCCAAAGACUGCUCAGUCACUCAGACACCCCGAUGGAUCAAGACACACUUGUUUUUUGUGAAGUUAUUGUAUCUGAAGACUACUUUAGCACCGUCGUUAGCAAAGAAUCCCGACAGACGAUGAAGACACAACGUUGUACAGCUGCUAGGAAAGUUAGGGAGAGUAAUAACAGCAUGACACAGCAAAGUGAAUUGCCUGCAGAGGAUGGCCGGACAAAAAGAACUAAAAGGAAGGCCAGUCCUGAUGAGACGCACCCCAGGAAAAGGACAAAAGUGUCUGAACCUGCACCGCAAAACCAUCAUGACGGAAUUAUCUGCAGAUUAUCUGAGAGGAAUCUCAGAGGAGACAGAGAGGGACAGUCAUCAAGAAAGAGAAAAAGGAGCUUAGAUGAGGAUAACACGGUAUCCUUGCUCUCCUCGGUGGACACCAGUGGUGAGAGCAGUAAUAACCUGUCUGAUAGCUGCAACACAUCCCAGGAGGAUGAGAGCAAGAAGGCUAUUGUUGUUGCAGCUGGACCAGACAGUAAGCGAAUGAGGAGAUCAUACCUGAGGGUGACCAGAAUGGAGACUAAAAAGGAAACCUUAAAGGUGACCACAAAGGAGACCAAAAAAGAGAUCACAAAGGAGAUCAAAAAAGAGAUCAAAAAGGAGAACAAAAAGAAGACCAUGAAGGAGACAAGAAAGACUACCGUAAAAAGGACCGUGAAGGAGACGCAAAAGGGGAUCACAACAGAGACCGUAAAUAAGACUGUAAAGGAGACCAUAAAGGAGAGCAAACAGGAUUUGGGUGUAGAUGCACUGAGAGCUGAAUUUCAGGCCAAAUACGAUCAGCAGGAUCUGCUCGGAGCAGGAGGCUGUGGAUCCGUGUUUGCCGGCUACCGCAGAGCAGAUGGAUUACCUGUUGCCAUUAAAUACAUUCCAAAGGAGCUGGUGCUGUGCAAACAUGUGGACAAAAACGGGAGGCAGCUCUCUAUCGAAGUGGCCAUAAUGUUGAAACUUGAGGGGACACCAGCACCUGUGUCACUACUCGACUGGUACGAUCUUAACCAAGAGCUGAUCCUGGUGAUGGAGAGACCAGUCCCUGCCAUGGAUCUCUCUGAUUACAUCGAGCUCAACGGAGGCUCCCUGUCAGAGGAAAAGGCCAAGAUCAUACUGAAACAGUUGGUUGAUGCAGCAAAAGAUCUUGAGGAGAGACACAUCUUUCAUCGGGAUAUCAAGGUGGAAAAUAUCCUGAUUGAGACUGGCUCGGACAUCCCGCGUGUUCGCCUCAUUGACUUUGGACUUGGUUGUUUUGUCAAGAAAGGAUCACGUUACCGUGUAUUCUAUGGCACCGCUGAUCAUGUCCCGCCGGAGUGGAACAGUCAUUACGCUUACAGGGCCGGCACCUCCACAGUGUGGCAGAUGGGAGUGGUCCUGUUUGACUCGUUACACGGAGUAGUUUUUGAGACCACCAAGUUCCUAACAAAGGAGCUGAAAAUCAAAGAUAAGCUGUCCAAAGACUGCCAGGAUUUCUUGAAAAGUUGUCUGACCAAGGCUCCCAACCAGCGCCCAACCCUGGAUCAGCUCCGGCUUCACCCAUGGCUAAACUAAACCACACACACACACCCUAACCCUGACACAGCCUUAUUCCUAUCCCUGACUCCAACUCUAGAGACUUGUCCCUGUAGUACUCCAACCACAUGUUUCACAUGACAGGGAGGCAAAAAAAACAGACAGAAUUAGCCUGUCCCCAAUGAUAAACAGGUAGUUUCUUUCCAGACAUAAUGAAAUGCAUUUCAUCGUGUUGGAUCCUUGGGGCAUUAUCUGCAUUAAAGUCCUUUUUUUUUUUUUUCAAAAAAUGUAUUUAUACAUAUCGAGGGCAGCACGGUGGCACAGUGGUUAGCACUGUUGAGCCAUAGCAAGAAGGUUCUGGCAGGCGGCUGUUCAGGGCCUUCCUGUGUGGAGUUUGCAUAUUCUCCCCGUGCCUGCGUGGGUUUACACCGGGUGCUCCGGUUUCCUCCCACAUUUCCAAAACAUGCACAUUAGGCUAAUUUUGGACUCUAAACUGCCCCUAGUCUCCCUGCUUACCUCUCAAGGGUAAGUGGUUACAGAUAAGUCUCUGAUCUGCCUUUCUUUCCACCUGCAUGGCCUGUACAACAUCCAGCCCUCUGAGGAGAGGGCAUCUCUUUUCGUAUUGCCUUUUCUGAGGUUUCUAACUCUGACCUAACCCUGUCCUUGACUCUAACACCAGAGACUUGUCCCUGUAGUACUCCAACCUCAUGUUUCACAUGACAGGGAGGCAAAAAACAGAAUUAGACUUUCUCUGAUGAUAAACAGGUAGUUUCUUUCCAGACAUAAUGAAAUGCAUUUUAUCGUGUUGGAUCCUUGGGGCAUUAUCUGCAUUAAAGUCUUUUUUUUUUUUUUUUUUUUUCAAAAAAUGUAUUUAUACAUAUCGAGGGCAGCACGGUGGCACAGUGGUUAGCACUGUUGAGCCAUAGCAAGAAGGUUCUGGCAGGCGGCUGUUCAGGGCCUUCCUGUGUGGAGUUUGCAUAUUCUCCCCGUGCCUGCGUGGGUUUACACCGGGUGCUCCGGUUUCCUCCCACAUUUCCAAAACAUGCACAUUAGGCUAAUUUUGGACUCUAAACUGCCCCUAGUCUCCCUGCUUACCUCUCAAGGGUAAGUGGUUACAGAUAAGUCUCUGAUCUGCCUUUCUUUCCACCUGCAUGGCCUGUACAACAUCCAGCCCUCUGAGGAGAGGGCAUCUCUUUUCGUAUUGCCUUUUCUGAGGUUUCUAACUCUAACCUAACCCUGUCCUUGACUCUAACACCAGAGACUUGUCCCUGUAGUACUCCAACCUCAUGUUUCACAUGACAGGGAGGCAAAAAACAGAAUUAGACUUUCUCUAAUGAUAAACAGGUAGUUUCUUUCCAGACAUAAUGAAAUGCAUUUCAUCGUGUUGGAUCCUUGGGGCAUUAUCUGCAUUAAAGUCUUUUUUUUUUUUUUUUUUUUUUCAAAAAAUGUAUUUAUACAUAUCGAGGGCAGCACGGUGGCACAGUGGUUAGCACUGUUGAGCCAUAGCAAGAAGGUUCUGGCAGGCGGCUGUUCAGGGCCUUCCUGUGUGGAGUUUGCAUAUUCUCCCCGUGCCUGCGUGGGUUUACACCGGGUGCUCCGGUUUCCUCCCACAUUUCCAAAACAUGCACAUUAGGCUAAUUUUGGACUCUAAACUGCCCCUAGUCUCCCUGCUUACCUCUCAAGGGUAAGUGGUUACAGAUAAGUCUCUGAUCUGCCUUUCUUUCCACCUGCAUGGCCUGUACAACAUCCAGCCCUCUGAGGAGAGGGCAUCUCUUUUCGUAUUGCCUUUUCUGAGGUUUCUAACUCUAACCUAACCCUGUCCUUGACUCUAACACCAGAGACUUGUCCCUGUAGUACUCCAACCUCAUGUUUCACAUGACAGGGAGGCAAAAAACAGAAUUAGACUUUCUCUAAUGAUAAACAGGUAGUUUCUUUCCAGACAUAAUGAAAUGCAUUUCAUCGUGUUGGAUCCUUGGGGCAUCAUCUGCAUUAAAGUCUUUUUUUUUUUUUUGUUUUUUCAAAAAAAUGUAUUUAUACAUAUCGAGGGCAGCACGGUGGCACAGUGGUUAGCACUGUUGAGCCAUAGCAAGAAGGUUCUGGCAGGCGGCUGUUCAGGGCCUUCCUGUGUGGAGUUUGCAUAUUCUCCCCGUGCCUGCGUGGGUUUACACCGGGUGCUCCGGUUUCCUCCCACAUUUCCAAAACAUGCACAUUAGGCUAAUUUUGGACUCUAAACUGCCCCUAGUCUCCCUGCUUACCUCUCAAGGGUAAGUGGUUACAGAUAAGUCUCUGAUCUGCCUUUUUUUCUCCACCUGCAGGUCCUGUACAACACCCAGCCGUCCGAGGAGAGGGGAUCUCUUUUUGAAUUGCCUUUCCUGAGGUUUCUUCCUUUCAGGGAGUUUUUCCUCAUCUUCAUUAAGAGCUUGGGCUGGGUCAGGAGCUGCUGCUGAUAUGGUCUGAUACUGCCCAAUGUAUCGCCUAUGUAACUUUUAACUGAAUAAAUUCAUUUCAAUGAUCA